CAUAUGGUCGCUCGCGAUGACGUCACAGAAUGCGCCGCCGUGUGCUCCGUCUGGUUGCCGGGUGACGGGACUAGGCCGAGCCGCGUGUCCAUGGCGCUGUUCUGUAUUAACAGGUAUCUGGGUGAUGAUGAACCCACCAACAAUCUCAAUGAUAAAUCCCGAUCCCAAAUUUUACUCCAGAAGCUUCACCAAGAAGCCAAAGUCAGGCAACAGCAGCUAGGAAUCAAGACUGGUACCACAAAUGAACAAAAGGGAGAGAACAAGGAAAGUGAGGGUGUACAAGACAGAAAAGGGAAAAGGAAAGCAAAGGAAGAGGCAGGAAUUUCAGAAGAAGGCAGAAAGAAGACAAAGCACCUGGCGAGAGGCAACAAGGAAAGAGGAAGAAAACCAAAGCCCAAGCAAGGUGGUGAUGCAGGUCUUGAUGAAACUACUGAUGAUAAGGCAAGUCCUUUGGAUGUAUCUGGGGAACUAAUUAAGUCGCAAGAGAAGGGGAAUGAAGAUUUGGGGAAAGCAGAUCAGCUUGAAUUGAAAGAAGAAAGUGCUCAUAAUGAGAAUCAAACAUCAGCCGCUUCCACGUCCACAUUCGCCAUCCUUGGAGGCUUUAAGAAGAAAAAGGUUGAAAAGGUUCAGCGGGUCUUACCCCAGUGGCUCUCCAAACCCACAUUGGUUAACAAAGACAUCAAGCAGAAUCUUAGAGCUGUUGAUGAUGUCCCAGGAAUCCACCCUACACUAAUUCAAAAGCUUCAAGCAAAUGGUAUCCGUUCUUUUUUCCCAGUUCAGGCUGAGUUGAUUCCUGCCUUGCUGGAGAGUUCAAGACAUGGGCUGAUCCUGGGUAGAGGAGGCUACCGACCGAGCGACAUCUGUGUGUCUGCACCAACUGGCAGUGGCAAGACACUGGCAUUCGUUAUUCCUGUUAUUCAGGCUUUGAUGGACUGUUCCGUGUGCAGAGUUCGAGCCCUGGCCCUACUUCCCACAAAAGAACUGGCUCAACAGGUGUUUAAAAUUUUCAAUACCUAUGUUGAAGGCAUGGAUUUAAGAGUAGUGAUCGUUGCUGGACAAAAAACAUUUGCUAUGGAGCAGUCCUCCCUUGUUGAGCAUUCGAUUGUGGGUUACCGCAGCUUGGCGGAUAUUGUCAUUUCAACUCCAGGGCGACUGGUUGACCACAUAAACAAAACAGAAGGAUUUAGUCUGCAACAUCUCCGAUACCUGAUUAUUGAUGAAGCAGAUCGGAUGAUUGACAGUAUGCACCACAAUUGGCUGAACCAGGUGGUGAAGGCCGUGUACAAAGUAGAUGGACAUUCAGCGGCAGAUGCCCUGUUCCAAAGAGUGGAGCCAGGAGUCUGCACGGCUGUAAGCCAUUCCCGCUUGCAGAUGCCCCUGCAGAAGCUGCUGUUCUCUGCCACUCUCACCAAGGAUUCGGAGAAGUUGCAACGUUUGGUGCUGCACCAGCCACGGCUCUUCACUGCCAAUUACACAUCACAGGAGCAGGAAUCAACUGUGACCCGAGGCGAGCAGCAGCCAUCAACUAGUUCUGUCGAAAAAAAGUACGCCUUGCCUGAGGGAUUGACGGAGUUUUAUGUCCCAUGUCAGCUCAACAAGAAGCCUCUGAUAAUCCUCUACUUUGCCCUGAUAAUGAAGUUCGGUCGAAUCCUCUGUUUCACCAACUCCAGAGAUGCAUCUCACAGGUUGUUCCUGUUACUUCAUGCCUUUGGUGGUAUUCAUGUGGCAGAGUUUUCUUCCAGACUAUCACCCAAUGAAAGACGAAAAACACUGAAACAGUUUGAACAAGGAAAGCUACAAAUACUGAUCAGCACCGAUGCAACUGCCAGGGGGAUUGAUGUUAGCAAUGUCACAUGUGUGAUUAAUUACGAUGCUCCACACUUCAUCCGGACAUACAUCCACAGAAUUGGUCGAACUGCCCGAGGUGGGAACAGCGGGCUGGCAUUCACACUCCUCCUAAAAGUGCAGGAGAAACAGUUUCUUCAGAUGCUGAGUGAUGCUGGCAGCACAAUGCUGAAAAAACAGCUGGUGAAACCAGAAUACCUGAGAGCCCUGACUCCACGUUACGAGGAGGCUCUACAAGAGCUUCAACAGAUUGUGAAGGAUGAAAAGAAGAAGAGCCUCUCCUAAACUGAAGAAUCAAAGUUUAUAAUUUAACAGUGUGGAGAAUGUUUGAAUCUUACUUGGACCUUGGAUAUUGUUGGUGGAAAAUCCUACAAACACCUUGUACAAACAUGUAUGUUAUUUAUUUUCUAAUGUAUGAAAUCAUUUUUUACAUAGAAUAAAACAUUUUAAUGGACAAGAUAUAAUAACAAGGA